AUGCAUCAUGCCUUCAAUAACUCAAACGAAACAGAUUCUUUAUACCUGGAUGAAGAUGAUGAUGGCAUUGGAGGAGAUAUGAUAUUGCAAGGUCUGGUUAAAAUGCCGACAUCAAUAACUUCCACUGUAGCACCGACAGGAAGACCCGAAGUUGUGUUAGCAUUGACAAUUGUUUUGGUUAUUCUUGUCAUCCUUCUUAUAAUUUCCAUAUUUCUUCUUUUAUACUGUGUGCUCAGACGACAAGGGAGAAGUGCAGAACAAAGAAAAUGGGAAAACGAACGAAGAAAACGGCAUAAAGUUAAAUCGAAGACGAUCUUCACAGAUUCAGCAAGAAAGGCGAAGGUAUCCCAAAUUGCAGCCAGUAUCGAAGCAGCUGUAAAAUCAGCCGAAAGUACUUCGAAAUUCCCUAAGCCAUCCAAACAAUUACCGCCAUCCACGCCAAUCCCAGCUCUAUUACCUAGGCCAAAACCGAUGCCAAAAAAAUUAUCACCAUCAUCUUCGCAAUCCGAAACCGCGGUAGAAGCACCGUCACUUUCUAUCAACCAAAUUUUUGUAAACCGUUGGCGUGGUCCAUGGCAACAGAUAGAUCACGAACCAUCCGAUUUUUCAUACGAACUGGAGUCGGACAGUGUCAACGAUGAUAUUUGUUUGCAGCCAUUAUGA